UCGCCGGCUCCUUUGCGCUUACCGUGCUGGCCAUCUCCCUCCUGACCUUCACGGGCUGGUUUGCCGCCCUCUACCUUGGCUGGAUCCCCGACUCCUGGCUCCCGUCGGAGCAGACUGCCACGGGGAAGGUGUCUCCCUUCGUCUUGGCACUGACUUUAGGAGUCUCGACGAUGGUUGUGGCGUGCCCGUGCGCCAUGGGGCUGGCCGCGCCCACUGCCACUAUGGUGGGCACGGGAGUAGGGGCGGCAAACGGUGUUUUAAUCAAGGGCGGGGAGGCCUUGGAAAAGGCGUACCGGCUAUCGGCAGUUGUGUUCGAUAAAACGGGGACCCUGACGCAGGGGCAGCUGGCAGUGGACCGGUACGUGCUGUUGGAGGACGAGACAGAGGAGGAGCAGGAGGGCCGAGGGGAAGGGGUGCUAGCAGCUGCUUCUUCUUCCUUGUUUGCUUCCACCGUGUGGGCUGUGCCUAGUGCUGAAAGAGGCUCGGAGCAUCCCGUGGCGAAAUGCAUUGUGCGGUACUAUUCCUCGCUUGCCUCCUCCUUCUCGCCAUCGUCGUCUCCACCUUCUUCCGUCCCUCUUCGUGUCCCUGCUUUCUUUCCACCUCUGGUGGAGCCUCAAGACUUUCAUGCCUUCUCAGGAAAAGGCCUUCUCUGUCGCGUCGGCAAGCGCAAAGUUGCCGUUGGUACACGGGCAUGGCUUGCAGAAGUCCACGCUUUGCCUCCCUCUCCAGCUGCACUUAAAGCGGCCAAGGACGCCGAAACCCGAGGAAAAAAUGUGGUAUGGGCCGCCUUCGAUGGAAAGAUCGCCGCUCGGAUCGAGAUACUCGACCAACCUCGUCCUGAGGCGGAGGCUGUCGUUCAGGCCCUGACCGACUUGCUCAAGCUAGAGGUUUACAUGGUGAGUGGCGACAAUGCGAGGACGGCGUCGACCGUAGCGCGAGGACUGCGAAUCCCUCCCUCCCACGUCAUGGCAGAGACACUGCCUUCCAACAAGGUGGCGAAAAUAAAGGAUUUGCAAAGCCGUGGGCACGUGGUGGCAAUGGUCGGCGAUGUAAAUAAAUAA